AUGGCGGGGGAGGCAGGCUCUGUUUCUAAGAAACACAAGAAGAAAAAAGAAAAGAAAUAUUUGCCGGAUGAAGAUGUUGCUGAUAUACAGUGCACAGAAGAAUUCCUUAUCAAGCCUGAAUCCAGAGUGGCUCAGCUGGACACAUCACAGUGGCCGUUGCUUCUCAAGAACUUUGACAAGCUGAAUGUGAGGACGGCACACUACACGCCCCUUCCUUCUGGCUCUAAUCCUCUAAAAAGAGACAUUGCUGAGUAUGUAAGGACGGGCUUCAUCAAUCUGGAUAAACCCUCCAACCCUUCUUCCCACGAGGUGGUGGCCUGGAUCCGCCGCAUCCUUCGAGUUGAGAAGACCGGACAUAGCGGCACACUGGACCCCAAAGUGACAGGGUGUCUGAUUGUAUGCAUCGAGCGAGCAACACGCUUGGUGAAGUCUCAGCAAAACGCAGGCAAAGAGUAUGUGGGAAUCGUUCGGCUGCACAAUGCAAUUGAGAGUGAGGUUCAGCUUUCAAGGGCAAUAGAAACACUGACAGGGGCCCUCUUCCAGCGGCCCCCCCUCAUCGCGGCAGUGAAGAGGCAGCUGAGAGUCCGAACCAUCUAUGAGAGCAAAUUGGUCGAAUAUGAUCCUGAAAGAAGAUUGGGUAUCUUCUGGGUGAGCUGUGAAGCUGGCACCUACAUCCGAACCCUGUGCGUCCACCUGGGCUUAUUGCUGGGUGUCGGAGGGCAGAUGCAGGAGCUCCGGCGAGUCCGCUCUGGGGUCAUGGGAGAAAAGGACCAUUUGGUGACCAUGCAUGAUGUGCUGGAUGCUCAGUGGCAGUACGACAACAACAAAGACGAGACUUACCUCCGGAGGGUGAUCUUCCCCUUGGAGAAGCUGCUGACGUCCCACAAGCGGCUGGUUAUGAAAGACAGUGCGGUGAAUGCUAUUUGCUACGGUGCGAAGAUCAUGCUUCCUGGUCUGUUGCGUUACGAAGACGGCAUUGAGCUCAACCAGGAGAUAGUUGUCAUCACCACAAAAGGAGAAGCCAUCUGCACAGCCGUUGCCCUCAUGACGACUGCGGUGAUCUCCACGUGCGACCACGGUGUUGUGGCGAAGAUCAAGCGUGUGAUCAUGGAAAGGGACACUUAUCCUCGCAAGUGGGGGCUUGGCCCGAAGGCAUCUCAGAAAAAGAUGAUGAUCAAGCAAGGUCUGUUGGAUAACCAUGGCAAGCCGAACGACAAAACUCCACAAUCCUGGGCAGAGGGCUACGUGGACUACAGUAGGGUUGUCCCUAAGGAGGAGGUAGAACAGGAAGUUGUCCAAGCGGAGCCAGAGAGGGCACCAAAGAGAAAGAGGGAGAUGGAGAGUGACGGAGAACCUGGAGAGGAAGCCUCUUCUCCCUCAGCUUCUCCAGAGCCACAGGCGGAGAUCAAGAAGAAGAAGAAAAAGAAGGAGAAGAGGAAGGUGGAAUCUGCCGAGAGUAGCAGUGAGGUGACUGAAGUGGUCAGCGACACCAGUGCAAAGAAGAAGAAGAAAAAGAAAAAGAAGCAAAAAGAAAUGGAGGAGAGUUCGGAGUAACCCGCUAGAGCAGGCAGCCUGGACCAUCUUGGGAAGGAGGAGUCUGAAAGGUCGUAAAGGAAGCAGCAGACCGGCUCAACGUGCAGAGACUUGGCUGCUCAAAUGUAUCGUGUACCUGGCAAGCCCCCUCCGUCCUGUUGUAAGGAUAGCUGGAGGAAUUGGGGCAGCAGAGCUACCCGGCAGACGGUGCUGUUUCCUGAGGAGGAAUGGCUGUGGACUUGGGAGGCCUCCUGUAUGUGGGGAGUGGAACAAAAGGAAACUUGAAUUUGACAGCACCUGUAGAGUCUCCCUGCUCUCUCCCCCUCCCCGUUCUGCAUUUUCGUCUUUAAUAUCUGCUGGAUGGCCUUGGCCACUUUGCCUGUUAGUGGGGGCAAAGAGCUUAAAGGAGGGGCUUUUGGAUGUCCAAAUGAUCAGAAGCUCCAUUAUUUUUAAUGCUUUCCUGUACGCUUUGACUCUCUAAUGAAUUGAGUCCAAACAUUUCCCUCUCAGGGUUCCUUUUUUCCCUUUGUUUUUUUAAAGCAAAUAACUCCUUUUGUGAGAAAGAGCAUAAGCUUUGGUCAUGACAUAGCUGUGGUCUCAUUUCCUUUAUCUGCUAGCUCCCCUUUUCUUUGGCCCCAGACAUCUUCGUCCAUUUGUCUGGUAUCUUCCUGUUCUUGUUGGGACCAGCUGGCAAUGAAAUCUGAAGCUAUGAAUGGACAAAGUUUGCUCAUUGGCCAGUUCUGGCCCCUGAACAGAAGCAGGAGGAAACUUGAGGUCUUUUGCUGGCUGAAGAGGGGGUGGGGAGGGAGUGCAAACGGAUUCCCCUUUGCCUAUCUGCAGAGGUUGCUGUCUUCUGAGCACUGCAGUCCCUGUCUGGGGCUAGGGUCAUAUAGGCCCCUCUAUUCCCCCCCCCAUUGCUUGGCAGAGUACCAAAGUUUGGUU